GUGUCGGUGUCAAACUGACCCCCGUCGGUGGGCCGGUCGUCGGCCGUCGGUGCCGCCGUGCCGACCGUCCCCACAGGCCGCCGCACGGUGGGGCCGGCGGCGCGGUGUGCCGGGUAAAAACCGGUGCUGCCGCCGGCGGCGGCGCGGGUCGCCGCGCGGUCGACCCUCAGUCGAGGCGCCGCGCUCGCCGGUGCAGUGCGUCAGUGCGCGGGGUGCGCCGGGAGUGAAUCCAGUGCGUCACGACCGCCGUCAAGCUGGAUGUGAGGGUGUUGUAGACACGUGAGCGACCAUGGACUCGAAUGGCAGCCGGCGCGAGUUUAGGACGGAGCCGUUUGAACACUACUAUGACAUAUUCGAGGAGCUCGGCAGCGGCCAGUUCGCCGUGGUGCGCCGAUGUCGGGAGAAGUCGUCUGCCACCGAGUUUGCCGCCAAGUUUAUCAGGAAGCGUCGCGUGGCCUCGUCGAGACGCGGCCAGCCGAUGGCAGAUAUCGAACAGGAGGUGGACCUGCUGAUGCAGAUGGCGCACCAGAACGUCAUCAGUCUGCACGACGUCUUCGACAACGACGUCUACGUCAUCCUCGUCCUCGAGCUCGUCCGCGGCGGAGAGCUCUUCGAGUUUGUCACGGAGAAGGAGCGACUCAGCGAAGCAGAGGCUUCAUUCUUCAUCAAACAGAUUCUCAGCGGUUUGGAGCACAUGCACUCCAAGCGGAUCGCGCAUCUCGAUCUGAAGCCUGAGAACGUGAUGCUGCUCACCAGAAAACACCAGCAGAUCAAGCUGAUCGACUUCGGUCUCAGCAAAAAGAUCGAGCCUGGCCAGGAGCAGCGCCAUAUGCUCGGAACGCCGGAGUUCGUGGCACCGGAGAUCGUCAACUACGAGCCUCUGUGCCUGGCCUGUGAUAUGUGGGCGGUCGGAGUCAUCACCUAUAUCUUGCUCUCCGGGGCGUCUCCGUUUCUGGGAGACACUCAGCAGGAGACCUUUGCCAACAUCGUGGCCUGCGACUACUACUUCGACGAGGAGUACUUCGGCGGCACGUCCGAGUCGGCCAAGGACUUCAUCUCUCGUCUGUUUGUCAGGGACCCCAGGCGACGUGCGGACGUUCAGGAGUGUCUGCGACAUCCCUGGAUCGAGCCACGAGGAAAGGAAGAGAAGGCAGAACAGCGAGAGAAGGAGGUCAACAUCGACAACCUGAAAAACUACCAGGCUCGCAGACGCUGGAAGCACUCGCUGCGAGUGGUGUCGCUCUGUAACCGGCUGUCGCGCAGCGCCAAGCUCCGCAGUCGCAGUCAGAGUAUGGAGAUGCUGGACGAGAGGGCCGAGCAGCCGGAGCAGCCGCCGACCGCUUCAUCAACGCCAGCCAUCAACGACCUGGCAGUGGCCGCAUAUCAGGAUGAGAAUUUCGUGGUGUCGGCGCUGUUCUGCGCCGCCGAGGAGGGCAACGUCUCCGGCAUCAAGGAGCUCUUCUCCAUGGCCAAAAUCGACCCCAACGUCGCCAACAAGCACGGCGAGACUGCACUUCACGUGGCGGCCGGUCUCGGUCAACUGGAGGUGGUGCGUGUGCUGCGUGCCAAGGGGGCUAACCUGAACCAGACGGACAGCAACGGCGACAACACGGCGUUCUGGGCGGCUCGGCACAGCCACUCGGCCGUGCUCAACUACCUGAUCAAGGAGGGCGUGCACAUCAACAACAGAAACAAGAACGGCGAGACGCCUCUGCACGUGGCCUGUCGGUACGGCCACACCGCCGUGGUACAGCUACUCUGUGAGGCGCACACUAACCUCGACAUCCAGGACGACCAUGCGGAGACGGCGCUGCAUAUGGCCGUCUGGCAUGGCUUCCCCGUGAUCGCCAAUCUACUCUGUCUGGCCGAGGCCAACCCGAACGUCGUCAACCUCGAGCACGAGACGCCGCUGCACUGUGCGGCUGCUCGGGGCCACCUGGAGGCAGUGCGUUGUCUUCUGGACGCCGGCGCUACACUGGACAUCCCUGACCGGCGCGGUGCGACGGCACUGCACCUGGCGCUCCACCGGCGCCACGUGCAUGUAGCCCACCUGCUGCUACAGGCAGGCGCCGACUGCGACCUGGCUGACCACCUGGGUGAAACUCCGAUCCAUCUGGCGGCCGCCGCUGGUCUCCUCUCGUUGGCGCAGACUCUGUGCGCGUACGGCUGCGCUGUAGAUGUGAUGAACAAGGAGGGACUCUAUCCCAUCCACCUGGCGGCCAAACACGGGCACACCGAGGUGGUCCGGAUUCUAUGUCUGGCGGGCUGCACGAUCGACCAGCGGAAUCGAGACGGCAUUAAGGCCGAGAUUACGGCCAUCAAGCACGGCCACAACGACAUCAGCUGCCUUCUGUCGCGUCUCAAUAACGCGGAUCUUCGGGAGGAGUACAUCAACCAGCUGAUCCCCACGUCUAACCCGAUCUCUCGCGUGAAACUGAAGCUGUUCGGCCAUUCCGGCGUCGGCAAGACCACGCUGGUCGAGUCAAUGAAGACUGGAUACUUCUCGAGCUUCUUCAAACGCAGCAAGAGUGGCAGCAUUGGCAGCAUCGGCAGCCAAAAAUCAGCCCAUUCGUCGAGCCGGUCCCACAUGGAGCUGACGCCGACCCGUUCGCGGGACAGCAGCUCCCUGUCGUUCGACACCGGAUACGACAACUACACGCGCGGCAUUGACGUCACCAGGUCAACCCUGAGCGGAGUGGGCGACGUCUCCGUCUGGGACUUCUCGGGCCACGACAGCUACUACAUCUUCUACGACCACUUCAUCGGAAAUACUAACUGCAUCCACCUGGUGGUGUACCGGCUCAACGACCCGCCGCAUGUGCAGCUCCAGCAGGUGGUGUUCUGGCUCAGCUUCCUGCAGGCGCGCAUACCGCCCAAGGAGCCGCUGGGUCACUGCGGCCGCUCCAGCAAGCCGGCCAAGGUGGCUCUGGUCGCCACACAUGCUGAUCUCAGUCAGUGUCACAAGAACGGACAUGGGGAGUACAUAUCUGCAGAGGUGGACGUUCUUCUCAAGGAGGUGCAGGAGCGAUUUGAGCACGUCUUUGACCUCCACGAGAGCGUCUUCGUCCUGGACGCGACCUCCGUGACAUCGCCCGCCCUGAAGCACCUAAAGGGCUACCUGUCGGAGACCAAAGUCAAGGUCACCCAGGGCCUGCCCAAGUCGACCGGGUUCCUGGAGGCCGUGGUAGCCCAGCUGGGCGGCUGGCGUCGUCUGCAGCCGCACUUUCCGAUCCUGACGUGGCCCGACCUGGUGGAGAUGGUGCGGGCCCAGGUGAACCCGCUGGUCGGCGAGGAGCACGUUCAGGAGGUGGUUCAGCAGCUGCAGCUCAUGGGCGAGGUGGUGUACCUGAAGCCGUCAGGUGGUGAACAGGAGAUCCUGGUGCUCUCUCCUCGCUGGCUGUGUGGCGACAUCCUGGGCCACAUGCUCUCCGGCGAGUUCGUUCAGAAGGCGAAGGCCACUGGCUGCUACACGGUGGACGAUUUCCAAAUGGCCAUGCCCGAGUGCGACACGCUCGACCUGCUGCAGGUUCUGGAUGCCCUCCGGCUGUGUACUCAGUGUGACAACGACGGUGAGAUUGAGUACGAGUUCCCUUGCUACAACUACGUGGAGACGCUGGACGGCCUGUGGGACCCGCCGCCGCCGCCACCGGCCGCCCCCGAGCUCUGCUACGGCGGUCUGAGGCUGCGCACCCCGCCAGGCACCGAGUGCCUCAUGGGAUCCUUCUUCUCACGCAUUCAGGUGCAGCUGCGUCACUUUGCCCAGGAGUACCCGUCGCGCGACACGGACCUGUACCAAUGGUCGGAGGGCUCAAAGUUCUGUACGGACCGGCUGGAGAGCCUGCUGACCAUGCCUCCCGGUGGUGACGAGCUGGAGCUGAAGGUGCGAGGUCCGACCGACAGUCGCGCCGCCUGCUUCUACCUGCUGGAGGACCUGCUGGCAGCGCUCGACCAGGUGUUCACCGAGAUGUCUCCGGGCCUGCCGAUCGAGCGGCACUACCUGUCGCCGACCAGCCUGCGCCUGCACCGCAGCUCGCCGGUGGUACAGCCGCCCGAGCGUCUGGCCGCCGCGCUGCUGGCUGACGGGCCGCACAGCCAGCUGCCGCCGGACACGCUGGCCGACCUGCUGUGUUUCGGCGCUGAGCAGCUGCUGAGCGCCCUCACCUGGCUGCCAGAGCUGCCGGUGGCCGUGGCGCCGGUGGCCGCGCGCCGCCGCCUCUGCGCUGCGCUCGACCCGGCCGACCCGCUCGGUAAGGACUGGUGUCUGCUGGCCGUUCAGCUGGGGCUGACCGAGCGGCUGGCGCGACUCGACGCCGGAGAUAACCCGGCCGUCAGCCGGACGGCGCGCGUGCUCGACGAGUGUGUGGCUGCUGGAGUGACCCUGGGUCGGCUGUACUCGGCGCUCGGUGAGCUCGGGAGAGCUGAUGUCGCCGACCAGCUGGCGCGCGCGUGUCCGCUGUACCGGCCGCGCUCGGCCUCCGGCGGAGACGACAAGGCCGCGCUGAGGACCUCCUCAGGAUCGGCCACCAGCUCCUCUAACGUCAGCCGGUAAACGGCAGUCUAGGGUCGCGUCGGUCGCGUCGGUCUCGACACACUCCGGCACCGAGCGGGGGCGGGCGGGGAUUCAGCAGACGGCAGGCAGCUUCUGAAGCCGGCGUGGGGUCCUGCGGGGGCUGAGGCGUCACGAAGGACGGGGUACCGUGCGGGGGACGAUGAGCUGUGACGAUUAAAGGCGGUUUUCGUGAUCAGACUAUUUAGCGGCGGAUAUUCGUUUUGUGUGCUUUCUUUGUGUGCUCGUGUCCAUGUGGGGUUCAUGCACAUGGCGUGAAUGCGGUCCGCAGAAGUGGCCAGAACUUAAUGUGCCCUUGCUCCCGACUGAAUGCGUUCUCGGUGUCUCUUGGAGUCACAUUAAGUUUGGUUUAUUUUGUAAUGUGCGUUUGUGUAAGCGUCGUCGUUUUAGCACGAAUAAUUGCACUCGGAACUUGUGUUAUUCUGAUAUAUUUAAUGCCGCUGAGGUAUCGUCGGCCUUUUGUCGCAAGUCAUUUAUUUAAAGAUGUGUGUAUAAGUGGUUAAAUAAAGUGACCUAGAGUGAAA